CCUUAUUGUAACACUGCAUUCUGGGCCUCUAGCCUGGCUUUCUCUCUCUCUUUUUCCCUCUCCCUCAUCUCAUUGUUUCAGACUAGGCCAAAUCUGAAGUCCUUCCCAGGGCGUGGCUCUGUUCAUCUUACUCUCCAGCCAAAGGAGAACAGUGCGAGGACAGAGACACAGCCGCCAAAGGACUCAGUGGAGACAGCAGAGAGCGGAGCACCAGAGACAAUAUGCUGCUCUUUGGCCCCAAAGCGCUGCUGUUUCUCACUGCACUCAUCAUCACAUCUGAAUGGAUAACUCUGGGGGUCGAUGGUCAACGAGGAGAUGAUGUGACUCCAGAAACAUUCACAGAAGAUCCCAAUCUGGUGAAUGAACCUUCAACAGAUGAAACUGUUCUGGCUGAUAUGGAGCCUUCCACAGAUGAACUGGCCUCGCCCAGUGAUAAAAAUACCACCACAGAGUGCCGGGAUGAGAAAUUUGCUUGUACAAGACUCUACUCUGUCCAUCGACCAGUCAAGCAAUGCGUUCAUCAGGUCUGCUUCACCAGUUUACGACGUAUGUACAUCAUCAACAAUGAGAUCUGCUCCCGUCUUGUUUGUAAGGAACAUGAAGUUAUGAAAGAUGAACUUUGCCGUCAGAUGGCAGGUCUGCCCCCAAGGCGACUCCGACGCUCCAACUACUUCCGCCUUCCUCCCUGUGAAGAUGUGAAUUUGCAGAGACUCAAUGGUCUGUGAUCAUCAAGGAAGAAGAAAGAAGAAAGAAUGUGUGGGUGAGAGGAAGGGGGAAUUUCGUCUUCUACACCACUGUCAGCUAACCCAUAGACAUGAGAAUUUCUUAAACCUGUCCCCUUGCAAUAUCCAGCUUUUGCCCCUACUCCCUAAUUUUUGACAAGACUGAUAACAUUUAUCUCAUUUUUCAGUACUUAAAACACAAUACCUAUAUUAUUGCAGUUUUGUUGCUUCCCAAUAUCAUAGGCAUAGUAGAUAAACAUGACUUAUAUUCAAACAUUCUGUAUACAAUUCUGGAAAGAAUAAACUUUAGGUUAAUGAUCUAUUUGCAAGGACUGGGGAUGUAGCUCAGUGGCAGAGCUUGCUUAGCAUGCCCAAGGUCUCGAGUUUGAUUCCCAGAA